AUGAAUACCCGCACACGCAGCAAGCUGCACAAGCAAACCACCAACCCCACCCUCACCAGCAACAACAACAACAACCACACGCUGAUCCAACUGAUAAGCAUGCUGAUAAUCUUUGUCCUGAUGACACUGUGGUUACGACAGCGCACGCCUGCCCGGAAGCGGAAGCGAAAGAUCCGCAUGCACAAAGAACGCCUCGUACGCCGUCUGCGCGCUGAGCGGCAAUUCAAUACCAUUUCUUCACGCCCAAGACCCGCUGGUCUGUGUGCGACUUCGUCUGUUGUCGCGAGCGCGUAUGAGGCCCGUGUUGAGACGCAGUCUGCGGAAGUCAUGCCGAAGACGGUUUGA